AGUGGCCGGCUGCUGCGUGAGAGAUUGCGCCAGUGGAUGCAAUGGUUCCAUAUAAAGAAUGCGACAAUUAAAGCUGCGGCUAGUAGUAGCCACAACGGCCGACACGAAAGCAGACAUCGAUCCGAUCCGAUCCGCACACACAGAUCCAAAAUCCAAAAUCCAAAAUCCAAAAUUAUGCGCCACUUGAUAACCCUUCUGGGCCUGGCAGUGGUACUGGGCCUGGCCGUUGCCUUUGUGCAGGCGGCUCCUGUUGAGGUUGUCUAUACGGGCGAGAGCUGUGCCUGUCCCACCCAGCUGGGAUAUCAGCUGAAUGUGCCCAAUCCGCCCAAGCCAAAGAAGUACGGGGCCAGCGACUAUGGCUAUCGUGUGGAAAAGCCGGUGCAGACCAAGGCAAAGAUCAGCUAUAGCUUCGACUUCACCGUCGAACAGCCACGGACACCGCCGCCGCCCAAGUAUCCGGAAUCGAAGCUGUAUGCCAAAGUGGAUCGGGUGACGGUCAACAAAGGAGAUUGUGCUGCCAAGCAUACGUCCAGCUGCAGUUGCUCGAGCUGCUCCAGCCCCAAGCCAAGGUAUGUAGUAGCUCAAGUAGGCUCAAGGUCUCCCAAUGCCAUACGUCGGCGUCGUGAGCUGCGCACGCCCGGCUCUCUGAUCCGCAGGCGUCUAAUGCGUCAGCAACAGCUCCAAGAGCGACCACCUCGCUAUGUCAAGCUCUAUCACAAGGAUUUGGCCGCCCAGCAGAAGCAGAAACGAAAACUCUUUGGCCUGACGCCACCGGAGGAGCAAGUCUCAAGUCCCAAAACGAAGCGAAAGACCAAGAAGACCCCAGCUGGCUGGUUGGGUCUGGGCCGGCGGCUGAGCAAGCGUGAUAUCAAAGGAGAAUUCGAUCUGCUGGAGCGGGAACGUGCCCAGAUUGAUUUGACUGCACCCGAGAUUAUACAGUUUAUGCCGGAGACGCUCAAUCCGAACUUCCAGCCGGGCCAGUGUCAUAUGGGCUGUGGCGCUAUGACAGCAGUCGGGCCUCCUCCUCCUCCUCCUCCUCCAGCCACCGAAGAGGCUGGGAAAGAGUUCCAGCCGACGGAGGACCAAACAGAGCUGCCAGUGACGAUGGAACAGCAGAAUACCAUACCCUCCAAGCGUGCCGCCUUGGGCUACUACCCGCUGCAGAUACCAUCGCCGUUGCGUCUGCCGCAGGACGACUACAAGUAUGUGGAUGACGAGCAGCUACGCAGUUUGCUGUCGACCACCUCGGUGCCAGAUCCGCUGGAGCGGGGCUCCACGCCGCUGCAGUUUGCCGGCGACUUGGAAUCGGUGACGCGGCGUGGCUAUGCCUCUCCGAUGCUGGGCAUUGGCGGUGGCUAUCCCGUGGAGCACGUGUCCGACUCACAGCUGGACAGACUCAUCUCGCAGAUCAUCUAUCCGCACCCACAUUAUCUGGAGUCGAGCACUCACUAUCCGGAGCCCAAUCAGAAGAGGCAAACAACGGAUUUCCUCAAGAAGCUCAUCGACGGACGCCUCGGCGGCUGGGGCUUUGAGUCGACCACCGAGCCGGAGCAUGCCCUGCACGCCGACUACUCCACGACGCCCGCCAAGACCUAUGGCUACAACAGUCAUGUCCAGAAUGGCUACAGUGUCGACACCUACAAUGUGCCACCCAUUUCCGAGUAUCUGCGAGCCUGGUUUUAGUUCCCCCAGUCCCAGAGAGUGAUCUCUAGCUUACAUCUAAUUUACGUAGUUCCCUAAGAAGUC